GAAAAGUUAGAGAAAAAGAAAAGAAAAAGAAAGAAACAGAGAAAAGGAAAGGAAAGGAAAGGAAAGGAGAGGAGGGAAAAGAAAGGAAAGGAAAGUCCAUCUUAGCUGUCCCAGCGACCUCCUCGACCUCGUCCUUCAUUCAUUUUUCAUUCCUUCCCAUUUCCCAUUUUCCAAUUCCCACACUUUUGUUUUGUUUUGUUAGUACAUACAAUUUUCAUGUAUUUUAGUAUGUCUUGUUGACAGCUUUUUCCUCUUUGGAAACCAAAGAAAGUUACCUCUUUUUUUUAGCUCACAACCUCGGACUCAGAAAUUCAAAUAAUCCCUUCUUAAAAAUAAAAUAAAAAAGAUUUUGUCUUUUCUUUUUUUUUCCUCAUUCGUUUAAGCUGCACUUUCUUUCCAGCAUUGGAUCUGGCAAUACUUUGAAAAGUCUUCCUCUUUCACUCUCGAUAUUCAUAUAUGAAGGAGUAUUAGCUAAUAGCUUAGCUCACUCUGUACCUUCCAUCAAGUUGAAGUUGAAGAAGUUCUUGGGUUUUUGGUGCCUUUUUAGUGUACUUUUUUGACAAAAGCUGAAAUCUUUGCUAUUAAUUUGGUCUGAGAAUUUCAAUUGGAGUUAGUUUCUGGGGAAUUACAAGUGGAAAUGAAGAUGGGUACCUAUCAGAAUGAAAGGCCCAAACCUUGGUGAAGAUUUGGUUUUGCUUUGAGAAUUGAGAUUCUCACUUCUCAGAACAGUUGGAUUUUCUCUUAUGAGGGGCUUUAUUUAUGCCUAUAUUUAGGAUCAACAUGAUUGACCAAUUCAUCAAUUUUGUUAUACGCCCUCCCAGGGCUGAGUAUAACCCUGAUCAGUAUCUUUGGGAAAAGGACUUCACUCUUGCAGGAAGAAGUUACAAACGAGAAGAUUUGGAGCUUAAGAAUGCAAGGGGCCAUACGUUGCUGUGUAGUCAUUAUCUACCUUCACCGUUACCAGAAGAUACACCUCUUCCUUGUGUUAUAUACUGCCAUGGAAACAGUGGAUGUAGGGCAGAUGCAAAUGAGGCUGCUGUAAUUCUUCUUCCAUCGUAUAUAACAGUUUUUACUCUUGAUUUUUCGGGCUCAGGCUUAUCUGACGGUGACUAUGUCAGCCUUGGUUGGCAUGAGAGAGAUGACCUCAAGGUUGUGGUGUCAUAUUUAAGAAGCAACAAAAAUAUAUCACGGAUAGGUCUUUGGGGACGUUCUAUGGGCGCUGUCACUAGCCUUCUUUAUGGAGCGGAAGACCCUUCUAUAGCUGGAAUGGUGUUGGAUAGUGCCUUUUCAAACUUAUAUAAUCUAAUGAUGGAGCUUGUGGAUGUGUAUAAAAUUCGGCUUCCUAAAUUUACUGUUAAGAUGGCAGUACAGUACAUGCGGCGGGUAAUUGAAAAGAAGGCAAAGUUUGAUAUUAUGGAUCUUAAUUGCUUACAGGUUGCACCCAAAACAUAUAUCCCUGCUUUAUUUGGACAUGCUAGCGAUGAUAGAUUCAUUCAAUCCCACCACUCAGACCUCAUUUUUAAGUCCUAUGCGGGGGACAAAAAUAUUAUAAAAUUUGAUGGUGAUCACAACUCUUCACGACCCCAGUUCUAUUAUGAUUCUGUUUCCAUUUUCUUCUACAAUGUCCUCCAUCCUCCUCAAAUUUCUACUGCUCAUUCAAGUAAACUUGAGAAAUAUUAUGAUUUGGGGGAUUUGAAGGUUGGUGCUGGUAUGGAUGAGAGUCUCUUAUAUGAGAUAUUCACUGGUCUUCAUUCUGCGCGCACUGAUGCUGCAAGUUCAUCUUCCGUUCCUCCUAGUGUUUCAACUGCAAAAUCUGUGGACGAACUUCUUUCUGAAAUUGCACCAGUGACUACCGUUGAUUCCAUGCUAAAUGAAAAUAAUACACCUGGCAGUCUUGAGACAUCACACUUACAGGAUAAGCCCAAUGGCCAGAAUGAAGAAUGUUGCUCAUAUACAAGCUCAAAUAGAGAAAGUUGGGGAAGGUGCUCAUCUUUAGGAGGCAGUGAUGAGGAAUCCUCUGCAGACUGCACAGCGGCUGAUAAUGGCCAUCAGAAAACUCUUAAGGCGUUUGCAACACCUCUUCGGAGCAUGAAGAAAAAAUCCUCGGAGUCAUCAAAAGAGGACAAGAAGAAAACUACACCAGUCCCAAAGAAACCUAAAAGUGAGAAGUUUGAAAAGUUAGAGGCCCUUAGCAAACGGCUACGGCUUUGCUUUCUGAGGCGGGUAAACCAUCGGAGACAACGCGCUUCAUGACUCCUGUAGUAUAAAAUGGUGUUUAUAACUGUAACCUAGGUGGUAUCCUUUUUAGCUUCUUCUGUAAAGGCAUUGAGGCAUGAGUGUUGCUGUUCUUUCUAGGUGCCAUUUCAUCUAACAUGGGGUUUUCUGGGGAUAUGUUUUCUUAAAUCUCUCUCUCUCUCUCUCUCCCUCCCUCUCUCUCUCACACACAUAUGCACGCUAUGUUUUAUAAAUCAUGUGGCAAACUUUCAUGCAGCAUGGAAGUGUUGUGGAUGUUAGAUAGGAAGGAUUUCUUAGGAUUCAGAGUUUGUCAUUGUGAAAAGAAGCUGGAAACUGGACAUCAAUUUGGAUGGUCCACUUUGGUCAUGUAGGUUGCCCAUAUUGGCCUGUGUCAUGUCGUAAAUCAUGUGAAGUGUCAGUGUCAUUGAUUGCAAAUGUGCCAAAAGUGUCCUUAUGUGGGAAUGCAAGUAGCUGAAUGGCUGGUCAAGGAAACAGCUGAAUGCACUUCGGCUGCACGCAAAAUGCUUAUUUUACUUCCAUUGUGCUCCAAUUGCUCUCAACCUCAUCAUAUAUCAUGUCACGAGCCAACCUCCAUUGUUAUGAUGGUUGUACGCAGAUUGUGAAAUCACAAUAUAUAUGUUAUGGGCAUGGCAUGAAAUACAGUACUAUUUCAAGUUGGAAAUUAGGGACUCAUUUCGAGCUUCAAGCAAAUGCAAAAUUUUAAGCUUGUUCCGA